GUCGUACCCCUUCUGAAUACAAGCAGCAAACAAGUACCAUUGCUAACGACAUUCUCAAAACAACAGUCCCGUGCUAUGGCACGUCCAGUCCAAACGAUAAAUCCUCCAGAAGAGGUCGAGACGAUCAAUACUUUAGAAGAAGACCAGAGGUCGGGAGGACCAUUGGGAUCGUUCUAUCGCGACGACGACUCAGACAUGGCUCUUCAACCUACAGGAACCGCCACGCCUUCAUCCCCCGAAGACUCAUCAUCCGAGACUCCUCGGGCAGUUGCAAGGGCUAAUGACCCUCAAUCACUCGCUGCGCAGUUCCUAGAGGUAUUCCGUUCAAUCAACACUAUCGCAAUGAAUCUGUUCGAGGCAGGCCAGGGCGCCGUGAACAGAAACAUCAUCAGGGGCCACUCGAACGCCGCCAGGUCGAUGGGCCCAGGCAAUACUAACGAUGUCACGGGAGAUGACAACAGCAUGUAUUCGGAUUCGAGGCCCUCAACAGUCAAGAUUGUGGGCAUUGUCGCCGUCGCUUUCGUUGUAUACAAAGCGCUGAGCCGAUGAGACAAAGAUCGAUCGAUGGAACACUUCAAUACUUGUUUGCAUGUCGGUCAAUGGAGUUUAUUUAUGACGUGAUUACGGAACUUCAUCCCAAUUAUACCCUUCAGACAAAUAGCCGUUGCACAUGUGACGGAUCCGUUGAAGCCGAUCUGCCACGAUGUCAUUCCCUUUGUUGCC